ACUUUGACAGUGAACUUUACCCUUGCGGUAUAUGAUAUCCGACUGUGGACUUCAAGACUUUCAAACGGGCUUUGUUUUAAUCUUUUUUUUGGUUGUCUAGCAAGAAUGGUUCCGUCAGUUCGAAGAGUGUUUGUGGUGGGAGUAGGCAUGACAAAGUUUGAAAAACCUGGAGCAAGAGAAAAUUUCGACUACCCAGACAUGGCUAAAGAAGCAGGUCAGAAGGCUUUAUCUGAUGCUGGUAUUUCCUAUUCUGACGUGAAGCAGGCUUGUGUUGGAUAUGUUUAUGGUGACUCGACCUGUGGUCAGUGUGCCAUCUAUCACAGCUUAGGAAUGACUGGAAUUCCCAUCAUCAAUGUCAACAACAAUUGCUCUACUGGAUCUACAGCUCUGUUUAUGGCUCGACAACUAAUAUUAGGAGCAGAUUUUCAGCAUAUGCAAAAUGCAAUGGAGGAACUUAACAGUAUAGCUAAAAACAUUACAGUAUUUGAAAUGCAAAUGAUCUUGUUUGAAAACAAGAUGUUAAUGCUUUAA